UUCCGUUCAAUUCUGUCAUUCUAGCUAAUACGUACUCUCUUGCUGGCUACAUCCAUCCAUCUCACAUCCUUACGAGCUAAGAAACUAGAUCUCUCUUCUCCUUUGCCCUCCCAUAUGUUUCACAUCCAAUAUAUAUAAUGCAAGCCCUCCACUAAGACCCAAAAAACAAAGGAGAACAAACCCCAUUCUCCUUUAAUUUUAUUCCACUCGCUUUCGCUCUCCCGGCGAUCCCAUCUCUUUCUUCAUUCCCUCUGGCUAGCUUUCUCCUCGCUCCUCCUCUUCCACCCUCUCCUGGCCCUUCUCUCUUCUUCGUCCCCGCUUCGCCGUCAUUCCAGUCCGGCCAGCUGCGUGGAGAGAGCUCAUAUCCUUCUGGGUAGUGGUAGUGGAUGUUAUUCUCCGAUCCACCUUUAUUAUCUCCCCAUCCUUGCAUGAUCCCCUAAAGCGCCUAUAUACCCUUAUCUCGCAAAGAAGCGAGGAGGAACAAACAAACCCAGAAAAAGCAAGAGAAGCUCUCUCCCAAGUAGCAAAAGAUCAAAAGAAAUCAAUUCUAUACCAUGGUCUUUUCUUCGGUUCCUGUCUAUCUUGAUCCACCCAAUUGGAACCAGCACCAGCAGCAGCAACAGCAAGCCCACCAUGGCCAGCUUCCAAGUGGCGGCGGCGGCGGCGGCGUCGAGGGGCAUGCUCAUCAUCACCAGCAACACCAUCAGCUGCCGCCUGUGCCACCUUCAGGAGCUCUCAUGGCUCCUCGCCCUGACAUGGCGACGAUUGUGGCCGCUGCGAGUGGCGGCGGCGGCGGUGGCGCGGGCGGUGGUGGCCCGACUGGCGGUUCCUCGGUGCGCCCGGGCUCCAUGACGGAGCGGGCCAGGCUCGCCAAGAUCCCGCAGCCGGAGCCAGGGCUCAAGUGCCCGCGCUGCGAGUCCACCAACACCAAGUUCUGCUACUUCAACAACUACUCGCUCUCGCAGCCGCGCCACUUCUGCAAGACGUGCCGCCGGUACUGGACGCGCGGCGGCGCGCUCCGGAACGUCCCCGUCGGCGGCGGCUGCCGCCGCAACAAGCGCACCAAGUCAUCCAAGUCCAACUCGUCAUCGGCCGCCUCUGCUUCCUCCACGGGCGGGACGUCGUCGUCGACCUCCUCCACUAACACUGGUGGCAGCAGCGCCGCCGCGGCCGCGGCCGCCAUCAUGCCGCCUCCUCAAGGGCAGCUGCCUUUCCUGGCCUCGUUGCACCACCCUCUCGGCGGAGAUCACUACAGCACCGGUGCAUCAAGGUUAGGGUUCCCCGGGCUGAGCUCACUGGAUCCCGUGGACUACCAGCUCGGCGCCACCGCCGGCCCCGGCACUGCCAUCGGCGGGCUGGAGCAGUGGCGCCUGCCGCAGAUACAGCAGUUCCCCUUCCUAAGCCGCCCCGACGCCGUGCCACCGCCAAUGUCCGGCAUUUACCCGUUCGACGUUGAGGGCCACGGGGACGCUGCCGGGUUCGCCGGACAGAUGCUGGGCGGCUCCAAGGUUCCCGGCUCAGCGGGGCCGAUCACGCAGCUGGCGUCAGUGAAGAUGGAGGACAACCCACCGUCCACUGCGAUGACAAGCUCGCCGAGGGAGUUCCUUGGCCUCCCUGGGAACCUCCAAUUCUGGGAUGGCGGCAACGGUGCAAGUGGCAACAAUGGAGGCACUGCCAACGCCGGUGGUGGAGGCGGCGGUGGCGCUGCCGCUCCGGGCAGCAGCUGGGUGGACCUGUCAGCAUUCAACAACUCGCCGUCGUCGGGGAACAUACUGUGAUGCGCCCUGCAUGCUGAUUGCUGCACAAAAGGUAGCCCUAUUUAUGCAAGCCCUGAAGCUUAAUUUUUAGUCAUGGCUUCUUAGAAAGUUCACAAAGGAGUUGUGGUGCAAGAUUAUAGGGGCUCUCCGGCCGAUAGUUAUCGGUGAUCGAUGGAUUGGAGCUGGUGAAUUGGGUAGCAGGCAAUCAAAAUUAGUUCUGGUUCUGGUAAUUGAGUUUUAUUUCCAUGUGUGGUUCUACUUCUAUGAUCCAUGUUGUCCCUGCUGCUGCUGUUCUUGUGGGGUGCAUUUCUAUAUUGUUGUCCAUUUCAAGUGUAUGCUGUAAACUUGUAAUGCAUACAUAUGUUGCUAGCUAGGUUUGCUAGCUUGGUGCAAUGCAUGGUGCAAGGUCAUAAAUAUAUAUACCUAUGAGAGUACUUGAUCGAAGAGAUUGAGCAGUUCAACCCGUAUAUAUAUCGUCUAUAGCGACAUAUGGUGGUGACUUA